AGUUGGCUACCUUGAGCAAAGUACAUCGAGGCGGGAGGGGUUUGCCUUCACGGUUAAAGGUUAACCAAGACAGCCGCUGUUGUGCGGGAUUUGGAGUGGUUAUGUAGGAAUUGUUUUUAAACGUGGAUUUCAACUCUCAGAAUAAGUGAACUGCAUUGGCCUACUGUACCUGGCACACAUCGAUGGGUAACACUACCAGCGAAAGAGGUCACGGUCACGGUCAUGGAGGGGGCCAUGGGGAGAGACACCGUGACAGCUCGAAAGGGAAGGAGGAACAUCGUUCCAGCAUCCUGAUGGACAGCAACGAGGACACAGAUUUGUUUCAUGCAGAUGAUCCUAAAGGUCCUGAGGCACAUGAGUUUCUUGCGUGGCAAAAAGAUCAGGAGUCAGACAUGAAAAACCCAUCCCAGAAUCGGCCAACUAUGUUCCGGUGGACAGGUGGAGGGAAGGAGGUCUACCUUUCUGGUUCAUUCAACAACUGGGCCACCAAGAUCCCUCUCUCUCGCAGCCAGCACAACUUUGUAGCAGUUCUUGACCUACCAGAGGGGGAGCAUCAGUACAGAUACUGCGUGGAUGGGCAGUGGGCCUGGGACCCAGCAGAGCCUAUGACAGUCGGCAAAGCAGGUACUAUGAAUAAUGUGAUCAGGGUGAAAAAGACAGACUUCGAAGUGUUUGAUGCCCUCAAAACUGACUCUGAAAAGUGUGCUGAUAUGUCAGAGCUCUCUAGCUCCCCUCCAGGGCCAUACCACCAGGACCCCUACACUGUGCGGCCCGAUGAGAGACUCCGGUCUCCCCCCAUUCUGCCCCCACACCUGCUGCAGGUCCUACUCAACAAGGACACCGGUGUGUCUUGUGACCCAGCUCUGCUCCCUGAGCCCAACCAUGUGAUGCUAAAUCAUCUGUAUGCACUCUCCAUUAAGGAUGGCGUGAUUGUUCUUAGUGCAACUCAUCGUUACCAAAAGAAAUAUGUCACUACUUUACUCUACAAACCCACAUAACAAGGCACACCCAAAUAUGUCUGUCUAUGUGAGUGAAUGUGUCUGUGUAUGUUAUUAUUAGGCACAUGCCUUAUUAUCUGAGUCAGCUGUGGGAAUUCCCACAACAACCCUGGAGUAGGUGGAGAACAACAGUAGGGAUUCAGGUGUUGGAGAAAUUGGGGAUACAAGUGAGCUUUUUCUCAUGUACAGUUUAUGACGUGUGUGUGUGUGUGUGUGUGUGUGUGUAAAAGGCAAAAAAGUCCAAGACAGUCCAAGACUCAUUCCCUAUGCGUAGAUUGGAUUAAUCUCUUAUCUGUAGGGUUUGUUGUGUGUUAACACAUAGAGCAGUGCAGCUGGCAAUUACCGUUGUCUUGUUUCAUAAACUGGCCCUCUUCUGUAAUCAUCAUUUUUUUAUUAGAAUUUAAUUCUGAGUACACCAUACUCUGACUGUGAAAUGUUACACCAGUCUGUGCACAGUGUACUUGAGUCUGUUUUGAGACCUUAAUGUUUUUGAAUGAAGAUAAAGGUAUAAUAUAAUACAAUUAAAUAUAUGAAAUAUAUGUACAUUUUAA